AUGUUGAGCCCUACCUUUCUUCUGUGGGAUGUUGGAUAUCCCUUAUACACUUAUAGCUCCAUCAUUAUUAUUGCAUUAAUUAUUUGGCAAGUGAAAAAGAGCCACCAAGAAUUAAGGUUGGGACCUAAAAGGAGCUGUUGCCGGUGUCACCGGAGAGUCAGACAAAGGGCUAAAGAUAAAACAUCAAGAGCUAGGAGAUUUUGUCAGGAAGAAGCUGAUAAGCCAUGGGAGCUGCUCUCUGUCAUGAGAAGCCAGGACUGGCUUCCUCAGGAAGGAAGUGUGCGGCGGCUCCUGUGUGCAGAUACCUGCUGCCAAAUCUGCAAUGCCAUGGCUCUGGAGAUUCAGCAGUUGCUGGUAGGUGAGAACACCCUGAUCUCUUCCCCUUCAUCAGGACCAUUGCAGGGCUCCUCUUGCUUAGAGAUUUUGUCCAUGUCUACUGUGUCUUUUGAACAGAGUCUGCAGCAACGUUCCCUACACUGCAAAGCACUUUCAUUUCGAAAUGCAACGCCUCCAAUGUUAGAAUUAAUGGAUCAGAAAUGCUUAACACAAUCAGCUGUCCAGUCAACUGAUGCAGUCAGGAUCCAUGAUUGCUGGGCUGAACACCUCCAGCUGGGGCAGGGAUUUCAAAUUCCGGAGGUGACUUGUGUCCCAGAGACUAUGUCUUGUUUAAGACUUGAAGAGCCUCAGGUUCCAGUAAACCAGCAGCAGAUGAUACAGAGCACUCCCGGCCUUGUCUGUGGAAACCAAGGGCAUUGGCCCUUGAAUUCCCAGGUCUCUCUGCAGACCCUAAACCGAGAAAUCACUACACUGACCCACCCUAUGGCCUGGCAUAUGGUUACUGUCCUCCCUGCCCACCUGCCAUUCCUCAGUCCUGAAGUCUUAAGGCUUCUUGAAGUACAUGUGAAAAAAUGGAUGCAUUUCCAGAGGUGGGGGCUACCCAGACGUGUGGAGGAGUCCCUGCGGCAGCUUAUGCCAAACCCACCUUUGUUUUGCCAAGCUAUCAAUAACCAACCAGUUUCUUUCAUCCAGAAGAAUACUUCUAAGUUCUCUAUCGAAACACUUGGGCCCUAUUCCUGCGAGAACUGGGCUUCAUGUAUGGCUAACCAGCCUACCCAGGCCUUCUGGGUUUCUGAGUGGUCCAUCAUGGGCCCAGAACAAAGACACCACCAGCAGCAAAUCCCAAACCAUAUGGCUCUGGCCUUGCCCUCUCCAGCCCUUAAAGACUCAAGUGGCCUCUAUGCACUUCCUGGGUACCAGAAUCAUGAUUCAGUGGGCCAUCUGCAGCAGAAAUACAUCCAGUUAUUCUGUGGACUCCCAUCUCUGCACAGUGAGUCCCUGGUUAACACCUUCUUAGGCUCUCAAAACUUCUCCAUGAAUGGGAGCGUGUCCAAGCAUCCCUUGAAGGACCCUUUUCUCAAGGACCUCUCCAACCUCCCUCUACUGCCUAAAACUCCACCCCAGUCAGAUGCAUCUUCUUCCCCAUCUUCCCAAAACUGGGUCAUUCCAUCUGACAAGCAACAACCUCAAAACAGUGUCCCACUUCUGACGCUGGCUGAGUGUAAUGCCUUGGAAUGGCACCUGCUGCAGAGGCAGCUCCAGCUUCGAUGGGGCUUGUCAGCUGUUUUUCAGAGACCUCAGAAUACCCAGAACCCCAUGCAGUAUAGGCCCUAUGGCAGGGCCCAGUCUCCUGAGAAAACUUCUUGGCCAGUGAAGCCCAACACAGUCCUCACUAGGGAACUAGUUUUUUUCCCGGAGCAUGGCCGGAGACUGCUGGAAUUCCAUCUCCAGCGGCAGUUGAUUCACCAUCGCUGGGGCCUGCCCCAGAAGAUCCAGGAGUCCAUCCAACUACUCCUGUCCUCCACUGAUCAGUCAACUCUGUCCUGGAGCAGCACAGCCUUAGCCAAUGUGCAUGCUCCCCAACCUACGGCCCUAGAGGCCACUGGGGCCGGUGACCCAUUCUCUCCAAUCACAGACCAAGUACCAGUCCCCAUGCCACACUUGUUUGACCAGGCUAAGGCAAUAUUGCAGAGCCACAUCAACUCCAAAUGUGGGCAGAUUCACCAGGGCAAGGUCCCUGCUUGUGUAUGUAGCUCUUGGCAGUGCAUAAUUCCUGGGGGCCUGCAAGUGGCUCCCUUCACCUGCAUCCCAGAAAGCAAGCCCUUGGACCUACAGGCUGCAACUGACCCUGCCCUACAACAGAAAGCUGGGGCCUGGAUACCAACGGCCCUUGAUCAACAGCAAAAAGCCCCACCAGAUGCUGUCACUGAACACACUAAGCUGCCCCAAGCCCUGUCCGAGGGAGCCAUUGAGAAACUGGAGACGACUCUGAGGCACAAGUACCUUGCCUUCUUGUCAGGGCUGCCUGCUCUUUAUUAUGUGGCUCUCUCUAGGGCCAUGGCACCGGCAAUCUCUACCCAAGCUGUAAUCACAGGAACGGUGCCUGGACCUGGCGAAUUCCCUACCGAACCUCUGACUCAGAUGAUCUCAUCUGAAGAGCAGUGCCUGAGUCCUGGGCCAUGCUUUCAAGAUGCCAACAAGACUUGUGCAGACGCUGCAGAGGAGCUCCAGGUGGAAGAACAGGUGGAACAAAUGAUCGAGGCGAUGCCUCUAGAAAGCCAGGCAGAGGCCUCUGAGCUCUACACACUCAAAAAACCCAUCUUAGCCAAACUAAAUUUCCAUCUAAGAAAGAAGAUCCUAGAGAUACAACUGGGAAUUCCCAUAAAGGCAAGGGAGUCCAGAGAACAAACUGGGGCAACCCCAGACAACACAUCCACACAGGAGUCUCUCAGGAGUCUAAACAAUCAAGGAAAAACACUGCUCCAGGAUCUCCCCAUCCCACCAGAUGCUCCUCGUGCCCCAGAUCCAGAAUGGCUCCACCUGAAAGAACAGCUGGCCAUUGAGUUAAAGGCAGUGCAGCAGAACCAGAAGCAGCCUAGUUCAAGAGCAGUACCUCAUGGCUCUGCCCACUGGGCCUCCAAGAUCUCACCGCCCAGCGGAGACAUGAAGGAGGCCCAGGUGCUCUGUGUUCACCUGGAAGCCACUGCGAACAGCCCCAGCCUGGAGGAGCCCUGGAGCCCUGAGCCCCAAAGCCCUGGCAAGAGCAAGGACUCAGCCCAGGUCCCCAUGCUGGCAGAAAAGAGAGAGGACCCAGGGAAACCCAAAUUGGCAGGAGACCAUGGGGAAGGGGAUGCAGGGUUUGCAUGCUCCUUUACAAGAGAAAUAAGCGACCCCGAUAAAGCCCAGAGGCCAAAAGGGAUACUUCUGAAUAGGGCACCCCGCAGCCCCCAGCAACACAGCAAUAGCUUUCAACUUGCUGCUCCCUUUGAAGACAAUACCCAGCAUCACCCUCAGAUUAAGCUUCCAGAGCCAUCUCCAGGAAUCCCUGGGGUGAAAGUAUCUGAGAAGAAUGACCUGCACGACAGUCAAACCAAGCUCAGUGUCAUCCUCAAGCCAGCAAGGAUUCCUAAGAAUGCCCAGCCUAUGGUGCCCCAGGCACCACAGGGCCAGCCUUUCCUGGGCCAACUCAUUCAGGCUAGGCCUUUGCAGGGCCAAACUUUGAAAGGUCAGGUUUUGCAGGGACAGGAGAUGCCAGUCCAUACUCACAAGAGGCCCAGCCUUCCAGAAGCAGGCUUGAGAAGUAGGAUGAAAUCCUUCCUGUACUGUUUUAACUCCAAGAUGAAAGGCAAAGGGCAUAAGGAAUCCAUGUUCUCUAGAGCUGGGAAGGUGGCCAACCCCAGAAAAGAAAAUGUACAAAAGAUCCUGGCUCCUGCCAAAAGUCCGGUGGGGCAAAACAACACUCAGAAGACAAGAGGGGACUCCAAGGCCCAAUUCCCCACCGAGAAGCAGGUGUGCCUGGGCUUCUUGGAUGGACCCCAUUCCCCAGACAGUAAGCUCCGGCACCGCUCCCAUUCUCACCAAGUCCAUUCUACCUCAGUCCUGGACCACCCUCGCCACUGCCCUAGGCACUGUCCUCGAAUGGCUUGUGUCACCCAAUCAGGGAAUGCACCCUAG